AUAUAAGUCAACAAUUGUAAAAAAUACAUGUCGUCAUCAUAUUGUUAAACGGUUGCGAUAUGCGUAAAUGAAAAUAUGUUCGUGCUCUGACGCCUUCCGUUUUAACAUUAGGUAACUCUUGAGUGGCGUGUGUACAGGGCAGUAUAUAGUUAUAGUUUUCGCAUUCUGUACGAGCAUUAUAUUGUAGGUUAGGGUAAGAUGGUCCGUGUUUUUAUUCUCUUUUAUCGUCCCAUUCUGUAGUAAACAAGGAGUAUUUACAGAAGUAUAUGAUCGUGUGUUGCAUUUGUGUCGGAUCUUUUCCCACCCUACUAUAUAUACCAGGACUGGCAAACAUAUAGUGUCUAAACAGCACAUAGGCAGAUUUUUGUGAGCAAAAAGCCAAAUUGAAAAAACGUGAGGAUAUAUACGAGUGAGGUUCUAUAAUGUAUCGCACGCUUUGGGUUCUCAUAUUUAAGCAAGAGUAUAUAGACCUAUACGUUAUGCUAGCUGCAAUGAAGCGUAAUUGAUUAUUAUAGAAUCAACUCUUUUAAAUGUUUUUUGUUAGAAUUAGCGACAUGCUUAGUGUACACUUUUUGCUUCAAAGCUUCACUGUUUUGUUAUUUGCCCCAAAAGGAUAUUCCUAUAAUGGUGUAAAGUGCAAUGAAGACCAAACACAGACAUACGGCAACUUCUACUAUUACUAUUACUCUUUGUACUUAACGAAAUCUUGCUCUUGGUCGUUUAUUCCACCAAUUGAAAGUCCUAAUGUAGAACACGUCUUGCUUAUAAACAUGUACGGAUUACAUCACGGUGUAACUAGAUCACCACCCACUGUGUACUUACCAAAUGGUACCAAAUUCACAUCGGACCUUGAGCAUGAAAAUUCGCCUCCGUGUUUUCUCUUAAAAAAAACUCACCAGACUUCUUGUAGUGAAGAGCAGCUGAAGAAAUACGAUUGCAACAACAACACUUUGGUAUCUAUCAGUAACCAAUGGCCGCCACAAAUUAACGCAACUUUUGGCAGCAUCACGUUAGAGCUGGGUUACUUAUUUAUUCCUUGUAUUGAGUCUACGCCUCAAAAGGAUACAGUUGAUACGCCUAUAUUUAGUAGUUGGGCACAAACUGUGACCGAGAAUCAAUCGGAUCAGGAUAAUAACUCAGAUUUAUAUAUGAGCUUGCGAAAAAGCGAAAGCAAUUACAAUAUUGCAGUGGCGGUGGCAGUUUCUUUGGGUGUUUUGCUACUUCUGGUUAUGGUUCUAGCCUUUCUCAUAUAUAAAAAGAGUAAUGUAAAGCGCGUCGACCCGAAUGAUAGGAAUAUUCAAAACGACAGUGGCAAUGCAACACAUGGUUCUAUCGGACCGAGCAACGUGUAUGAAAUGGCAGAUAUGCAGGGCGAAAAAUCACAACCUGUAAUGGUAGAUAACAUUCUAUACCAUUCCAAUUUCCUUGGGAAAGAAGACGAUGCAGAGUGUGUGAAAAACUCUGAAGUGGUUAAUUAAGUAGAUAGUGAAAAUUAAAAGGUAUCGCGUGCUAUAUCAUUUCUAUUUUGUUCCUGACAUAAAAGCUAUACAGCCUAAACCUUAUUCCGACACAAACAUAUUUUUAAUUUAAAAUCAUCUGGGUAACGAAAAUUAGUUAUAUACGAAUACGUUUACAGAAGUUUUUACACCAGCGUCAGAUGGACGAAGGCUUAAUUUCACUCAUAUAUUGGUUUUCCAUACAUUUGCAUUUAGAAAUAUGCUGUACUGUAAUGAGAUAAUGUUUAUUGGUUUUUUUGCUGACUCAUUUUACAUUUUGUUUAUUUUGGUCGCCCUCACAUUUAAAACGUCGUUCGGCGAAUCCUUUUUGAUGAUUACUCAUAUAUGCCCACGGUAGAAUAUUUUGAGUUAACUGAAUAUUGAAAUAACUUGUGCUGUUAUCAUCAGUUGUUCUAUGAAUAAUGUACCGUUUUGCCGAA